AUGGCUUGCUGCGGUGGUGCUAUUUCUUCCGACAUGCGGGCUACCGUUGCUGAGGUGCCCGCCACCAAGAAUGCUACUGGCCCCGGCUACAGCAUUCAGGGUUACGAGGACCUCAAGUACACCUACUCGUUCGUUGACAACGUCUUCGACCAGCAGAAGGAGGACCUCGCUUCUUACUAUACCAAGUGGGGCCGUGUCCUCUGCGUCCUCGACGAGAACCUCAACGAGAUCUACGGCGACUCUAUCAAGGCUUACUUCAACGCCCACAACAUCAAGCCCACUCUUAACGUCUUCAAGGGCGGUGAGCUGAACAAGACCAUGGACACGAUGCUCGGCUUUGUCGAUGCCAUGGACAAGUUCGGUCUUAUCCGCAAGGAGCCCGUCCUGAUUGUCGGUGGUGGUCUCGCUUCCGACGUUCUUGGUUACGCUUGUGCUUCGUACCGUCGCAGCACCAACUACAUCCGUGUUGGUACCACCCUUAUUGCUUUGAUCGACGCUGCCAUCUCGAUCAAGGUCGGCAUCAACCACAAGAAGCUCAAGAACCGUCUCGGCGCCUACCACGCUCCCAUGCAUACUUUCCUUGACUUUGAUUUCCUCAAGACCCUCCCCAUCGGCCAGACCCGUAACGGUACUGCCGAGAUCAUCAAGAUCCUCCACUGCACUGACAAGCACACCUGGAGCAUGCUCGUCAAGUAUGGCGAGGACCUCGUCAACACCGCUUACGGCCGCAACGCCACGGGCCCUGGUGCCAAGGAGCUCAAGGAGGCUGCCGACACCAUCUGCCGUAACGCGAUCAAGGGCAUGCUCGACCUCGAGUCGCCUAACCUUCACGAGAUCGGUCUCGACCGUGUUAUUGCCAACGGCCACUCGAUCUCGCCUACCCUUGAGCUUGCUCCCUUCCCUCCUCUCCGUCACGGUCACGCCGUCACCAUCGACAUGGCCUGGUCCAUCACUUUGGCACACAUGCGUGGUUACAUAAGCGACCAGGACCGUGAUGAGUGGUUCGGUCUUGCUAUGUCGGUCGGUCUCUCGGUUGACCACCCCUUGCUCACCAACGAGCUCAUUCUCGAGGCUAACGAGGCCAUUAAGAAGACACGUGACCGUCUCCAGCGAUUCGUUCUCGCCAAGCCAUUGGGCAAGUGCGUUUUCGCCAACGACAUCUCGGAGGAGGAGUUCAUCAAGUCGCUCGCCGUCCACAAGGAGUACGUCAAGAAGAGCGGCCGUGGUGACGGUGUUGGCCUUGACGCCUACGCUGACGCUGGCGACCUUGGUGCUGACCCUGAGAUCUUGCUCAAGGAGCGCAAGGUUGCCGACGUUUCGCGUGCCAACGGCAACGGCGUUCAGCACGAGCAGCUUGGUAACAACAAGACCGCUGUCGCUGUUGCCGCCUAA